CGUCGGGCCGGUUGCCGCGAAACGCUCUCGGGCUACUUGUGCGUCGCCCCUUCGAUCGUAGAUAUCGGAGCCCAGCGCCGGAAAACCACUCAAGUGUUCGUUUCCUCGCGCGCGAGUUACGUCGUUUCUCUCCUGUUGUCAUGUGCCUUUUUGGAUACCCAUGAACGAGUGGAUGAAGACACGCAGAAUGGACUGCGCCCUUGGGGUCGCUCUACUUUUGGCUUUGACAGGGCUUACUGCAGCUUACCCAACAGAGCAGUGUGCCGCUUAUUGCAGAGACUCCGGUAAAACUCGGUUUGAUGUUGGCUAUCACUACACAUAUAAUUACAACGCAGAGACUAUCUCCAAAGUUGGAGGAAUUGAAGAGCUUGAUAGCCAAAGUGCCACAUUGAACAUCUCAGCUACUGUCGACAUUCAUGUCUUGACACCCUGCGAAUAUAGUCUUCAGGUGAGACGAGUAAGAUUGAACAAUGUCGAGCGAUCAGGUUUCUCCGCAGCAAUUGAGAGGAGCCCUCUGCGAUUCUGGAGUCACGAUGGGGCCAUUAAACGGAUAUGCCCCCCAAUCGGUGAGCCUGAAUGGGUGCUUAACAUUAAGCGUGGUAUUCUCUCCAUCAUGCAGAACAGUAUGGAAGAUCUACAAGAACAUACGGUGAAAUAUGAGACUGAUAUUCUCGGAACUUGCCAGACGUACUAUGAUCCUUUGUUCAGCUCGGAGUCAGGUUUCUCAGUUGUCAAAACUAAAGACCUACAAAAAUGCUCAAAUCAUGCUGUUACUCGCUCUGAAAAUGCUAUUCCUCUAAAAAAAUCCAUCACUCUAUUGAGAGGUGGCUACAAGUGCUUUCAGAGCUUUACUGCAUCUGGAUGGAUUCAGGCUGCACAAUGUUCAGAAACUCAGCUAUUUCAGCCUUUUUCAAAUGGAGACAGUGGAGCGAAGACUGUAAUAACUUCAUCUCUCUCUUUUCGAGAGAGGCUCGACUUUGACCCAUCCACUCCGGCUGAUAAAAUUGGACCAUUCUCCACUUUAAAGUAUCAAACUACUGAUCCCUCGCUGGAAGUUAUGGAUGAUGAAUCUGACGAGAGCACUGUUUUCUCUAGGAUGAACAACAUAUUGCAAAAUCUGCAAAAGUCUUUUGUGAAUGGGAUCUCAUCCGACUUUCCCCAGUACUUCAACCAACUCAUUUCAGAAUUACAACAAUUGGAUAGCGCAAGCCUUGAAAAUGUAAUUUCCUCCAGCCUCGAUUCCGAUGAAAUCGACCACAAAAUUCUCAUUGAAGCCUUGACUCAAGUAAAAACAGAUGAAUCUCUCGCAGCAAUUGACAAUCUCUACUUUUCUGGACAUUUAUCAGAAAAUGAAAUGGAUGCUGUGUUUUCAAUGAUGCCUUAUUUAAAAUCACCAACACUCCGAACCAUUUCAACUCUUACCCAUCUGAUCAGUAACAGUGCCCUUGACAAAAGCAAAAUGAUGUUGCCAGCCUCUUCAACCAUUCAUUCGUUCUGUCGGAACAAUUUCGACUGCAGGCAGAAUGAAGAUAUUCAACUUUUAAUGAAGUGGAUUGAGGUACCUCUUGGUGGUUCUUGUUCUGCGAACAGUGCCCAGCGUCAAGAUGAAAUCAUCAUUGCACUCAAAGCUAUCGGAAAUGCUGGUUUUAUUUCUAACAUUGAAAUUCUCAAGUCUUGUUUUGAGAGCUCUGAUAAUGCAGUAAAAAUUCGUCUUGCAGCCAUUGAUGCCCUCAGAAGAAUGGAUUGUAACAUGGUCAGAUCUUCGAAGGUGCUUCAUAUUUACUCAGAGCUGAAAGAAAAUCCUGAGGUGCGCAUUGCUGCCUACCUAGCAUCCAUGCGCUGUCCCUCUGAUUUUUUGUUCACUUUGGUCAAGAACACGCUUCUUGUUGAAAACACCAACCAAGUCGGCUCCUUUGUCUGGACCCACCUUGAGAACCUAAAUAAGAAGCACUCACCCUACCAGCAUCUAAUUCGCUCUAUUAUUGCCAAAAGUCAACUUAAAAACAAAUUCAACACCGAUGCACGAAGAUUUUCUCGGAACUAUGCAGGCACUACAUACUUUGAUUCCAUCAAUGUGGGCUCUGCUGUUGAUGCUAAUGUCGUUUUCAGCCCAGAAUCAUACUUACCAAGGUCUCUGGGUCUCAACCUCACUGUGGAUGUCUUUGGCGAGUCUGUCAACUUGUUUGAUUUCGGAGCAAGACUUGAGGGUUUUGAGAGUAUUGUGGAAGGAAUUUUUGACCCAGAUGGUUACUACCCAGACAAAAAUAUUAGAAGCAUGCUCAAAAACUUAAAAGUUCAAAGCAGUUUUGAAGAAAAUGAAAUCAGUGAACUUUCUGACACAUUUAUGUCUAGCCGCACACUCCUAAAAAGCCCCCAAGGUUUAAUAUACAGCCGAGUUCUGGGUAAUGAGGUGUACUUGAAGCAGUUUGACAGUGUGAAAGAGGUGAUUAACUUGUCAGAUGAGUUUGAUGAUAUACUAAGAAAAUUGCUCCAGUCACAAGUUGAUUUCUCAAAGUCAACCCGAUUUCUUGACUUGUCUUAUGAGUGUCCUACCAGCAUCGGACUCCCUUUGAAGCUGAAGAUCAACGGAACAGCAGCAUUGAAAUUCCAAUCGUCCGUACAGUCAUCGCUGGAGAACUUUUUUAAACCCAAUUCAGCAGCGUAUAUCAAGCUUUUUUUCAACCCAAGUGCUGUUGUGCAAAUUAAUGGUGAAAUAACAAUGGAUGCAGUCGUGGAUUCAGUCGGACUGUAUUCUUCCAGUGAGCUUCACACAAAUUCGUAUUUGGAUCUGGAGAUUGAUUUCGACUCUGCAAAAGUUUUAGAUGUAAAACUUAAUUUCCCGCGUCAGGAGAGUGAUAUUUUCAGCGUUUCUUCAAAGUUAUUUACGAUGGAAAAUGGCGUCAAAACAGAGGUGGAUGGAAUUACGGAGGAUAGCGAGGAGUGGGAGUAUUGUACGCCUGAUAAGCUCUCAAAAGCGGUCGGUUUCCAGGCAUGCUCCAAACUUAGAUAUGCCAAUGCCUCUCAAUUCGACAAUGCGCCCUACUUCCCAUUGACUGGACCUUUUGAAUUCUCCACCCAGCUUCAAAAAUUUGAUAAUUUUACUGCUUAUCACCUCAAGUAUCAAAACCAGAGAUCAGACGUCAGCCCAAGCGCAAAUGGUGCAGUAAUUUUCUUUGACACCCCUGGUUCAAAAGUUGAGCGCCAGUUCGAAGUGAGCUACUUUGUGGAUUCCAAUGAUGGUCUGAUUCGAUUCAAUGCUCAAGCAGAAUACCACAACACCAGUCUGGCUGUUCUCGACUGCAGUCUAGCUCGCAAAUCAGGAGCAGAGUCUGCGCAGCAAAAUUAUGACUUCAAUUGGGAUGUAAAACUCCUUGAAUUCCCACAUAUUCAUGGAAAAGGAAAUAUGUAUUAUCAAGUAGGAGGAAAGUAUGUCGGAUCUUCGGUGGAGCUGCAUGGCAUAACCAACAAACCACUCUCUGCCAACGUCAACCUGGCACUCCUGGACUUCACAAAAAAUUUCGUAUUCAAUGUUGCAUCCGGUGAGGAUAAUAUUCUCAAUAUUGGAGGUAACCUCAAGACUUUGCCCUCGCGAGUGGACUCAAAAUUCAGCUUGACUUACUCAUUGCCCGGCAAAAGAUCUGAGAACAUUCGUGUCUCUUAUCUGUGGGCUAAUGUAAUGAAAAGUGUGUCCUGGAAAGACAAAAUGCAACUCUCUGUGAAGUCGUCAGAAUUUCCUGCCUACAACAGUAAAAUUGUAUGGACCCUGAUCCGUGGCCAAAACUUCUUUGAUAUGAACACAACUCUUGGAAUUGGAGGUUCUGAUUGGCAAAGUCGACAGUUUUAUCGCAACUGGCGGACGGCAGCCGGUCAUGUGUACUUUACCGUAGAAGCCUCGCUUGCAAAUCCUUCCAAAAACUUGGACUAUUCCCUGGAGUUGGAUUAUCAGAUGAAAGCCAAGCAGGUAGAUUUAAAAUUUUUAGCACAGUUAAACGAAUUGCAGAAAAUCUCACUGGACGCCUCCUAUGACAAGAAAUCAACUUUUGACAGGAAUUUUGAUUUAACAGUGCUUUCUCCAUGGAACAAAGGUGCUCUUUCCGCAUCGCUCGUAUCACAAAAUUUGGGGCAGUCUUCUGACAAGGAGGAGCUUUCACCUCAAACAGGAUCUGCCAUCCCCGACUAUAUGACCCUAUAUGUCAAGGGUAACUGGACAACGGGUAACAGCAAAACGCAACACUUGCAAAUAGAUGGAGGAUAUAAAUCUCUCCUCUUCAACAAAGUUCUCGGAGAAAAUUACCACACCUUUUAUUUGACCAUCAAGCUUCCCGAGGCAGUAUCUGACAGGAAUCCACUAAAUUUCAAAUACUCAAUAGAUACAUUUAAGCAACCCAGAUAUGUUAAGUUGGAUGCAUCUUUCAAGGAUUAUGGCGCAAGCUACACACUCGUCAGUCGAAGUCAAGGAGACCUAUCUAUCAAAUUUCACCUGCAGACGCCUUUCAAAAAGUACACUGGAGAAAUUAAAGGGGACAGUCUUGAUGAUGAGAGUCAUUUAGUAAUGGACUUAAACCUGUCAAAAUGUAUACAUUUUGAAUUCAAUCAAAAAAAUGCCUCAGGCAAACAAGAGAUCGACGGCAAGCUGUUCUGGGAUUACAAUGGAAACAGGAAUAAAACCAUCGGCAUAUAUCUUUACAACUCAGAGGCUGAGAAAAUUGGCAAGCUGUACCUGGAACAGCUAUUUAUGGGAUUAAAGAUGAAGCUAACAUCGGAAAAACAAGAAAAUUCCCUCCAACAUAACUUCUUGUUCUCCACAAGUUGGGGUGAAAGUGAGCAAAAUAUAAGCGGUGAACUGAAACUGGAUGGGCACUUGUUGGACCAUAAAUUCCAACAUUUGAACAGUGACCUAGGAAAAAAUACAACUCGUCAAGAAUUGACUCUCUCAACCUCAAUUGUAACACCAGUCAAAAACUUUGAGCUACAAUGGAUCGAUCUCAUACACGUCAAAGAAAUCUCGGAAGAAUCAUUUGUUGCAGAUAGUUCUUUCUUUUGGACAUUAACAUCUACCAAGGUUUCGUUAUCUUGGCAUGAAAUGUCAGAUCCUUUGUUAGAAGGUCAGGGUCUGGACUACUUUGGUUCCGAACGACUUGGCCCGCAAUAUUUUACUCGUCCUGAUUCUGCUCAUAACGAUAACUCACCAAGUGCAUGGAUUGAAAGGAAACUCGGCGCAAAAGUGGAGACAAUAUUCAGUAAUCACAAGACAGCAGCUAACUUCCUUUACUUCAAUGACUAUUCAGAUCUAACUGCUGUUGAUGUCUCCUUUAACUACACCUCUGACGAUAAUGGACUGAAAACCAGCUUGGAUUCUACCUACAACUACGCUAUGCCCCUCCUUCAUAUGGACCUGAGUAAAAAUCAGACAGAGUCCCGUUUGAAUUUCAAGUUCACCAGUCCAACGAAAGCUUUAACCUCGUUCACUAGCAACCUUGUUAUGGCCAGCUCGCUCAACUACGCUAUAUUUGAAACCAAGUGGGAACCUAACAAAAAUAUUACUUUUUGGUACUCGAUUGAUUUGCCUAAUUACAUAGGAACUGAAUUUAUGUCUCCUUUUAAAAAUUAUAAACUCUUUACAUUCCAGUUCAAGUCCAAAGACUCGACAGAUAUUCUCACAACAACCUCAAGGAGAGAGGCAGAAAUUACCGCGCAGUUCAAUGACCAGAAAGCCGCAGCGUCUUUCCUAGGCAAAAGUAGAGAUUCCGGAUUUGAUGGGUCGUUAAUGCUGUUAUGUCCUACAAAACUAGACACUCUUCACAUUUUCAUCAGUCAUGACUGGGAUGAUGUCAAAUUCUCUGAAAAGUUCAGCGUCAAAUCUGGAUCAUCGAAACAAACUGUGGUUGAGGCCAGCAUUGAUUUUCGUUUUCAGGACUAUGCAGACUUUGCUGUAAAAACAGAUUUUGCAACAACAAACAGUGUUCUUCUCCUUGAAAUUGUCAAUAAAUUUGAAUCGCAGGGCAUGAACUGCUCCCUGAAUGGCAAGUGGAACAAAGAACACAUUUUACUAAAGUUAAAUGGAGAAUAUAUCAAUGAAAUCGAUGAAACACUGGUUCAGUGUCAGUUUUCCAUGUCUGGUUCUCCAUUUAGAAAAGACUACGAUAUUAUGUUUCAGCAUUCCCACAAUGAUUUAGAGUAUGAUUCUCUCAUAAUUUUACCUUUUGGAAUGAAGUUAGAACACAGUCUCCUGUUACAAAAUUUGCUUAAUUGGAAAAACUCCAUCUUAAUGAAGUCUAGCAGUAAAUCUCUUUCAAUCGCUAAUGAGCAAAACUAUAACACUAGCUGGUUUGGACAUUCAAUGAUUACUGAAAUCUCCGGGCAAAGAAGUUCAUUGGAUGUUAAUCUGCACUUUGAUGAUGAUGAUAGUACUCUCAAAAACUGCUCGCUUCUUGUAAUAACUCCGUGGUCUCACCCGAUUAAUGCUAAGUACAACUUUUUCAAAGCUUUCAAAACUGUUGUUUUGGACUCCGGAGAAAAGUCACUUCUGUUCAGCGAUCAUUCUCUCACUUUACAGUAUCAGAACAACAAAGAAAUUAGCGUUAAAGCAAGCGGACAUGCCGCAACCGCUCUUAAUUUUGUGUACGAUGUUGUAUUCAGCUCACCUUACCACAACAACAGCCACGUAACUGUAAAAUGUGACUGGGCGCAACCACUAAAAGUUGCUUGGGCUGUGUUCAGGCAUAACCAGCAUGUAUAUGAAACCCGCUUUGCCUAUUUGCGGCAGGGUCUAGUCAUGAAUAGCAGUCUAACUUUUUCCCAAAACUCUACUCAGAUUUCUGUAUCACAGCUAAAUUUCAAUUUAGCCUCUUCCAAUAUGCAUGCAGAACUUUUCACGAUGUUCAGAAAUAAGAAGUACAACAUUCUUUUUGAAUCGCAAUUGCAGGAGAACAAAUGUAAGGCUCAGCUAGUGUUGAAUUCACCGUUCGACCAGUGGAAAAAGUUGAUAAUUUCGCUUGACUACGAUACCUCUAAAAAUGUCAAAAUGGCCGUUGUAAACUACGAAAAAAACGCCGAUUCUGCUAGUCUGUCUGCUACAUUCAUGCAAACUUGGUCAUCGAUGAAAGCAAGUGCUGCAUUGAGCACAAAUUUUCUCGGGAAAACACAAAUCUACUCAUUAGCCGGAGAGUGUGACUAUUUAUCAAGCGAUGACCUAACUGCCUCUCUUAAUUAUAUUCACAAUGACGAAACCUCCAAGUUCUCAGGUAAAUGGAGGAACAAGAGAGAUGAGAAGGCAGCCCAACUUGAAGUUACCUCUCCUUAUAAAGGAUUUAGGGUCAUGAGUGGCUCUUUCAGCUUGUUGAAUCAAACGCAAGAUCUCUCUUUAGACUUUAGUGUUGGCAUCAAUGAAUUUAAAUUGACUUCUGGUAUGCAAAUUGAUGCACGGAAACAAAAUUACAGCUCUUUCUUUACUCUAUCCGGACUGCCAAACUCAAAAGACUUCUCCACUAGUUUUCAUUUUUUGAAAGACGACUCCUAUUUAUUCACUGCGGAUGCAGCCUCUGGCGGCAAUUUUGUCAAGAUGCAAGGAUCAUUGAUUCAGACUGGCAUCCAAUCUCAACUCAUGAUGAACGUUAACUCCAGCAUCAAAAACUACGAACACUCCUAUCUGACCGUUGCUUUAAGAUAUCCUUAUCCGAAUUCCACAGAGCAUCAUGUCCAAGCCGAACUUUUCCUAUCAAACAAUUUGUGCACUUUCAACGCUGAAUACAACCCCAACAAUAAAGGCUUCAGGGAGGGACGUUUUAAUGUAAGUUUUCCGAAGUCAUGGAAAAUUGUUGACAUGUCUGGACUGUAUAACAUCAGCCAGUUUCUUGAAGAUCAGCUAAGUGCUGAAAUGUAUCUGCAAGUAGGAGAAAGUGUUAACAAGUUUUCAUUUUCUGGCAGUGCAAAUCAAGCUGCCCUUCAAACCUUCUUGGACCUCCCAAUUUUGAAACGCAACUUGAUAAACGCUAAUAUGACUCGUUUUGCUGAUGCAUCUGAAAACAACUACCAGUUUUUCUUUAACAUGAUGGACGAUUCAAUGACAGAGAUUUACUUCAACUCAUCAGUGAAAAUAUCUCAAACGGAGCUUUUAUUAACUUGCACAAGUUCUUUUUCUGAAUUUCAGACCGUACUUCUUCACUCAAAUUUACAAGAGAAAGUACCAUUUGUGUCUUUCAAACGAAAUAAUAAUUCUGUUGAUGUGAUAUUAGUUUACAAUGGCUUUAAUUCAGUCAACUUCUCGAUGAAAAUAAGAGAUCAAUUUCUGGGCAACUGGGAUGCUUCAGGGGUUUUAUCAACCGACAAACUGAAGCUCACUGAAAAAUCUUUAAUCUUCAUUGUGGAAAAAGAAAAUGCUGUGUGUUUAAAACUGGACUCACAUUUCAAUCUUUCGCGUUCAAAACCAGCUUUAAUGUUACAUUUGUUCCUCUUCGAGAGUCUCAGCUCUCGGCUCGAUGUCAAUUUUAAUUUUGAAAAUCUCCCAAGUGUCAGCUUCUUGUUUAGUUUCAAUAAUGAAACUAAGUUAGUGCUAAAAGCAGAAACAAAUUCAGACCUAACUGGAGGAAAGUUUCAUUUUAAGUGUACAACCAACUUGCUACCUCAUCCUCACCAAAACACAACGUUUGAUUUAUGGGUAACGCCAAAAGGAGAUGUAACAACAUUUACGUACACUCGAGUGAAUCAAAAGACAAGCAAGACACGUUCUGGUUUCUUUGCAUUUUCUCUACUUCGUUCUGUUAUUCUAAUUGAAAACCCACGUUCAAGUGAAACAUUGAAAUUUCACCUUGACUACAAUUUCAAGGGAGUAAAUAAGUCCAUCUCUCUCCAUGCUCGGAAUGGAACAAAGUUCCUUGAUUUGGAUGGUAGUGUAUUAACAGGCCCUUCAUCAUUUGACUUGAAACUUCUGCGAGUGUCAGACAAAAAGCGUAGCACCUUAAACGCUAAAUGCAAUGUUUCAGAGGGAAUGGAUCUCUUGUUCUCUUUUGCCGCAAACUCUACUGAUCUUUUCAAACUAAAAGUGUUCGUUGAUAGUUUUUCAAAAGUCGAUGCUAUUUUUAGUACCUCUCUGUCACUUUUAAAGAGUCUGCCUUCUCUUGUAGAACUCAAUUAUGAUCUUACACAGCAAAAGAAAGUGUUUGUGGUGUCAGCCAAACACAAAGGAUCUAGUCAUGUCAUAAAUACAAUGAUUGACAAAGGUGAUUUUGACGGCCAUCUUGCUUUAAAUGUCUCCAGUCCAUUGUUACCUGGGGUGAGGAAAAUUAGUUUCGCAUCUAAUUAUAAUUUUUCGGACUUCUCAAAAGUGGAAUUCAACUCAGUAAUGGCUGCUGACUCUUUGAAAGGAAAUUUUUCUUUAAAAUCAAACUUGGAGAGUACUCUGUUCAUAUCUAUCCUGGCAGUAUCUUCCGUCAAGAAUCAUAAGAGCUUUCCCAUGGGUAUCGACUUAUCAGCAGAUUUUUCAAUUGAUAAUAAAACUGUCACUUUAAGUGUCUCUAAUCCCGGUCAAAAUGUGAAAGAUGAUUAUUCAGCGCACCUUUACUUCCAAAAUCUCACUGCUGAAAACAGAUUGAUCUGGAAACGAAAUGACGAAAUGCGUUUUAUGACAUCGUUGUCUUAUGAUUUUUCCUCUAAGCGAGAGUUCGCUUUUAGUCAGAAGAAAGAUUUGGAGCCUCUACAAGAAUUAAAUUUCAAUUUAACUAAGGUGCAAAAUGGGAGUGUGUCACUUACAAACAUCUGGAAUAUAACCAGUUUCGAAUUGAGCUAUGAUCUCUUGAAAAUUGAUUCGAUAAACCUUGAAAUGAAUUAUCUGAGCCAAAAAUUUAACUGUCAAGUUUCGUCCUCAUUACUCUUUGCGCAUUCAUCGCUGGAUUCAUCCUUGUCAUUCCUUUGGAACAACACUGGCACUGACUCAGCUGUCUCCCUCCAAGAGCCCUUCAAACUUAAAAGCCGAACCCAGCUAAGUUUUGAUGUGAAAAAAAGUUUUGUCCGGUCAGUUUUAUCUAUCUCUGAAAUGGACUACUUUAACCUCUCUUACUCUCAUAAUCUGAUCGGACCAGAAGAAUUUGGAAUGUCAGAUGUAAUAGACCUAUUACUCUAUCAAGGUACUGGUGGUCCAGGACUGGUCAAAAGUGAGAUAGCUCUCUCCGAGAAAUUCUGGAGCACUGACUUGAAAGUAGAUGCUGAAUUGCGAGUAAAUCAAAUAACUGCUGAUCUGGACAGUGACCUCCUUGGUAGCAGUCUGAAGUUUAAUGUGAAUAUGGGAGGAGAACCUAAGAUUGUAGGGGCUUUGACUUUCAACUAUAAUGAAUCUCUGAACCGUUUUGCUUCUAUCAUCCACUAUCAAUCUGAGUAUAACCACAAGUUCAGCAUUCAAGUUAACUCUACUGGAGCCCAGCCAUCUAAAGAAAUUUACUCCAGUUUCUCAUGGGAUGAUGAUGUUUUGUUCCUUAAUUUCACGUUUGAUUUGAACAUUGAUCGAAGCACAAUCAAUGCUGCUGUGAAAAGUAGUCAUUUUCAGGACAUGAGUGUUAUGCUCAACUAUGAUAUCAGGUCGGAAAGUAAAUUAGCAAGAUUAGCUACAAAGGUUGGUUCGAGCGUGUAUGUCUUGAAAGCACAGUCCACCUCCACGCCGACAAACCAAACACUUCAGCUAAGGUUCAAGUCUCCCAUAGAGGGUUAUUCUUUGCUCCUGCUUUCAGCCGAGCUCUCAUCUUUUGUUGAUGGUACACUAGUUAGAGAAAAGUUUGGUACCUCUUUGGUCAAAGAGACUUUCGAAACCAAGAUAGAUGCAUCUUUUGAAGUUGAUUCGGAUCCUGAAAAUCCAAAAUUUUCUGUUUUGGUGAGUGGUAAUAACAUACUAGAAUGGAAUGGCAAAGUGAGAAACUGGUUAAUAUCUUUACGUAGUGAGAGAAUUCCAGUGAUGAACAUUGCAAUCAAAAUUUCCAAAUGGAAACCAGAAGCAGAGUUAGAGACGAAAAAGAAUGUUUUAAUGCAAUUAAAAGGUUCACCUGAGAGUAUGAAUCUGUUGAUAGAUUUUCCUGAUGUAUCAAAAAGUAUCAAGGUCAACUACUUACUUGCUUUCAACAAGACUCAAAAAUCUAUGAACUUCAAUUUCCUUCGAGGAAAGGAGAAAAUGUUCACUAUGACUGGCCUCGUAAACUUUGAUAAAGUGGGCGUGACAAGUUUUGAAGUGAAAGGUUACUGUCAUCCCAUUGGAACUUACGAGUAUUCAGGUAUCUAUAAAAACCGCGGUAAGCAGUCGAUCAUUUUAACUCUAAAGCACAAUGAGCAAGUCAAUGAGAUUGAAGGUCAUUUUCGAUACACUAUACGCAGCUCCUAUUUUGAUUUAGAGUUUGAAUCAUCUUUGAAUAAUCAGAGGCGCAUGCACGUAAAGGGCAGCUAUGACUUCAAUGAUCCAAGUGUGAAAUCAGCGUCUCUGUACAUUUCUUGGAACAAUCAUGAGCUUAAAGCUAAGUUUGGAGGCCGCGUAACAGCAAAGGUGGUCUCCGCUGAAAUGCUCAUACUAUCCACAAUCAAAGCUGUAGAAAAUAUAAAUGUUAAAUUUGAGCUGACCUCCCCAAGCUCAAAAGAAAACAACAUUAGUCUAGCUGCUCACGUUAAUGAUGCUGACUACAAACUGAAUUGCAAUGUUUUGAUAGAGAAGUUCAACGUCACCGGUAAUCUAAAUGUAAUAUUUCCGUCAUUUAUCCUCAAAGACCUUAAAUAUGAAGUCUCGCUUCAAGAACAGACUUUUAGGAUGAAAAUAGGACACAGUGGUGAAGAAUUAACCUCAGUGAUGUUAGCAUAUGAUUUGACCUCUCAAGAAUUGCUGUACUUGACUUUCGACGCAUACCAACAGAUUUUACCCUUCUCCAGUGGUUAUUAUUCAGGUGGCAUUGUCGUGGGACCGCAGGCUGGAACUGGAUUUGCAUAUCUGAGCAAGAGGCAGAGCAAAAAUAAUGUGGAUCUUUUAGAAGAAGGAGAUUCUUACUUUGCAAUUCAAGGACGUAUCUCAAGGCAGUCGAAAGCACUCAACGUAACUUUGAAAUAUGGUAAUGAAACGGAUGAAAUAAUUCUUAAUUACAUCAACCCAGACUUUAGCCAAAGCAUUUGGCAAAGGCGUCUAUUUGUGGAAGUUAAACUUCCGUCUUUGUCUCAAAAUGCUACAAAGAUUGACUUUAGUUUGUCUGGCUCACCAAUUAGUCCUGAAAAUGAUUCUUUGCGGUGGGAUUUAGACCUAGAGUCGCCAUUUAAGUUCCUAUCAAAAUUGAGCAAUCACUUGCAUUUCGGUAUAUCUCCGACUUCAAGAAAAUUCAAUUUCUUACUAAAGUUAUCGGGGGAUAUUGUUGAGAAAGAUAAUAUCAUUCGAUUGGAUUUUAAUUUCGAUAGCGUCACCAAGUCCAUAGAUCUCCUAAUUUUGGAAGAAUUCUUGUGCUUUGAAGUUCCAACAAUAAAAUUUAAUGGUUCAUGCAAGUAUGAUCUGUGGAAAGAAUUGAAAAUGAACUCGAACAUCACUAUAAACGAAUUAUUGUACUCAUAUGAAGGUAGUUGUAAACUUGAUAAUGAAUUCCAUGCCACAGUAACAAGUGAAACACCAUCGCACGUUUUAACGCUGAAAUUUGGAGGACAUAGCAUUGAGACUGAUACUUCAUCACUAAAAAUGUUCUAUGUGGUAACACCAUCUUAUCAAUUGACUUAUACAUCUGAUUUUACAAUCAAUAGCUUGAAUAAGUUUUUAUUUAUUUCCUUGCCCGGUUACGAAUUAACGGCAACUUUCUCUGGAUUGACAUCGGCAUCAUUGAAGCACAUCUUCGACUAUUCUUUCUUCACACCUACCCACAAAUACUUGGGCUCCUUUAAUUUGGUCGACAACUCUUUUAAGGUUCAACUAUCCUCAAAAGAGCCACUAAAUAUCUCCGAAUGCUCUCAUCAUAAUGACUCUUCCUCCAGCUGUAGCAUCGCCAAUUUAAAAGUUGGACUUUUAUCAGUAUCAUUCGAUGAGGCCUCCUCGCAAUACUCUUUUGAAGCAAGUAUGACGGAAAGUGAAGACAUGUUUGAAGCUCCUCUAAAGAUCAAGCACCUAACUGGGCUGUCAGUGAAUGUGACCAACUCGGAUGAAGAGGUGUCCCUCAAAAGUCGAGUCAAUUUUAAAAGAAUUCGAAACAAGCCAGUCGAAAUCGUUUUCAAGAAAAAUUGGGAUACUCUGCAAAUUACCGUUUUGGAUGAAGUUUCCCUUGAACUUCAUCUUCGAAAACAUAGAAAGCGGCCAGAAACGGAACUAAGCUGGGGUUCUUUUAACUUACAAGUGUUUAAUGUUUCUCAUAAGCUAGAUUGGGCCUGUUUCCCAGCAGUUGAGCGUUUUCAUCUCAAUGUCAAAUUUGAAUUUUACCCCCACGCACAACCUACAAAAAUACUUAAAAUGUCACUGCUCAUCAAGAACAAUUCUACCCACAAAGUCGGUACCUCUGGCAAAUUUUCUUUUAGCAAAGAAAACACCAAUGUGAUCGUGAAUUACAACAAUGGCUACAUAAACAUUGAAUCCUCCUCUAAAUUGGGACAGAUCGCAUUCAGCUCAUUCAUCGAAAACCACUCUGACAAAAUUUUCUUUGUUGCGCUUUUCAACAUAGAUGAAAAUAAACACAUGGUUAGUUUUAUGCAUCAGAAGUCGCUGCCUCUUGACUCUUGGUCUACGAUUGUGUCUCCGCUACUUCCUGUCGAAAUGCUGAAAAUCAGCAUCAAGUCAGAAAAUUUAACUAUCCUUUUCAAUGUGAUAACCAAAAAUAGUACAGUUAAACCUGACUUAUUUGUCAAAUUUGGUGUUAUUCCACAGAAAGGAUCUGCAUUUUUGUACUAUAAAAAUCUACUAUUCUCUCCACUCAGUUCUGUUACAGUUGACUGUGAGUGCAUUUUGGAGGAAAAUAGCAUCCGCAAGUUAUACCUCUCGUCAUUUGUCCUUUACAAAAAUCUUCCGUCUGAAGUCGUGGCUGCCUACGCAUCAAAUGGCAAUCAAAUUGUGUCUUCUUUAAAUGUUCAAGUCCCAUAUCAAAAUCUGAAAGACUUCCAGUUCUCGAUCUCUUUACCAUUAAUUUUGACAUCUCAUUACAAUGCAAGCUUUGUCUUGAAUGUUGAUAAGGCCAUGAUCUCCUCUGGUAGCUUAAUCCUCACUCACAGAAUCAACAACGAUACAACAGACUACUCAGCUGAUGUAGAUUUCUGGUCAUCCAGCCACAAGUCAAAAACAGUGCUUCAGAUAACGCGUCAAAAAGAUUCCUUAAGCCACUUUGCCUUCUCUUCGAAUUAUAAAAAGAGUCUCGUUGCUGUUCAAUACAAGAAAAACACUACUGGAGAACUAACAGAACAAACUUUUACAGUAUUUUGGAACAUGCAAAAAAUUCUAGAUGCCAAGCUUGGAACCAACUUUAACAGAGAUGCGUUCCUUCUAGAUUCAGAGAUGCAAGUCAUGUUAAUGUCUUAUGUCCAAAAAUAUGCAGCUAAAAUUCAGUUCUUGAACAAAGAUGAGAAGAAAGUAGCGCUAUGGCUUCAACACCCAUCACUUAAUGAGGGAAUGGGAUUCACCUUUGCCCAUCGGUACGAUUCAAUUUUCAACAAUACGCUUCUAGUUCACGUUGACAUGCCCUUCAUCAAUGGUUUUCCAGUCCUAUCACUCAAUAUUUCAAAUCGAAUUGAUGUCUUGCAACAAUCUGCAAAUGUAAACUACUAUGCUCGUUAUAAUAAUUCUUCUGUCCAAUUCUUAGUUACUGGAGCCUCAAAUUACCCAUGGUAUAGUUUUAGCCUCGACGCAUUACUCGAUGAUUCACCCCUGGGCGGACUGGUCCUGGCCAAAUCUGUCUCUGGCUUGUCAUUUGCAUUGACCACUCCUAAAGAAAUCUCCGACUCCUUGUUCAUUGAUUACUCACCGAAAGAAAGUAUGCUUUCAGUUGUUACAAAUAGUGUUCACCUUCUUAAACUGUCAUAUGCUAUUGAGUUACCAAAUCUUGAACCUGCCACCUGGUACAAUAAACCAUUCCUCAUUCAAGUGACUGCUUUGAAUCCAAUGCAGCCCGUUCAUUUUCGUCUCUCACAGACGAUCAUUUUAGAUUUUUAUGAAACAACUCUUUUGGUCCGAUAUCAUCUGGACACUCAGGAUCGGUUAACUGGCAUUGGUUUCACUUAUUCUAAAACAGAUUCGUAUCGAAACUUAGAAGUUGAAAUGUUCGAUAAGCAACUGCGACUCACGAAAGAAGGGAGCGAUGAUAUGUUGGACUACACUGCAAAAUUUUCUCUGGACAAUGAAAACGCAUUUGGUGUCAGAGUCAUGAAAGGCAAACCAGAAGAAUUUUCACAAAAUGUCGGCCUGCUUACUUUGUACCUCCCAGGUAAAGUAUUGAGCUUUAGUGCUUUCAAAUCCCUUCCUGACGACAAUGGAUUAGAUGAAUCAUCUUUAGGCGUUGCUGUUGCGUCCAAUGACAAGAAAAUUGCAUUGAAAUACACCACCAGUACGGAGGAAUACUCGUCUACAAAUGAACUUUCAUUCAGUCACUUUGCACUCUCGCAUGAAGUUGCUAUUCGGAUCCACUGCAGCCCAAUAGUCAAACGUAUUCAAGUCAUUUACUCAGAAGAUGUUGUUGAUAUGUUUACAGCUGAGUUACAAACUUUUGAUUUUGAAGAAAAUGGGACGAAUGAAUCAUCAUCCAGUCUCAUAAUCCUUCAUAGUGCUACAAAUUUGUUGUUCUCAGUAAAACUGUACUCUCAAGAAAAUAUUUGGGAAAACAAAGUGGGUGCUACUAUAUCAUACCACAGUCUCCUGACGGAUUCAACUAGAGUUUUUCAAAUUAUACGUGAAUUCAAUAAAACUAGUUCAGAAAUGGACCUGACAGUGAAAAGUAACCUUAAUCAAUUGAAGAUUGGAGGAGGCAUUCUUGCGGACGGUUUCAUUGCUAAAGUGCAAACAAACCACAAAGAACCACUCGUAUUUAAAAUGAGUACUGUCAACAAGAGAGAAAAACAAAUGGAGUUACAUUAUGGCGACUUAAGAGCUUGCAGAGUUUAUGUGGGAAUGCCAAACAACAAGAAAAUAGUUGCAGAGGCAUCAAUGAAGUUGUUUGAUUCAGAGGAAACUGAUGCUCUCUUCAUGCUGCAACUGAAUAGCUCCAGGUUAUUGUGGGGCAAGAUUCUUGUUCCCUCCGUAACACUGAGUGCAGCGAAAGAUAUUUUUGAGGAGUACAGUGAUUUGCCAGUUGUUGUCGAGCAUAUUUACCUCGGAUUUUUGGAGUUAGGCCAAGAAAAUUUCCUCGCACCUUUUACUGUCAUUCCUGCCAAGUUUGCUGACUUCUUGGAAUUGCUGUUGCUGAAAACUACUCAUGAGUCGCGACAAGUCGGUGAAAGUUUUGAGAAGGUUGGCAAGAUAGGGGCUGUAUUGUUGGACACCAAUCAGUUUUACUGCAAGGAUAUUUACAACGGUCUGAAAUCAUAUGUUGCUGUUUUGGAGGAGGAAUUUUCUGGUUUUUUCAAGCUGGUUGUCGAGGUUGUCAGUUCCCUGAAGUUUGCUGCAAAGGAGUUCGUUCUUUCAAUUCGACAAGGUUUCGUUUUGAGCCACAGUAGAAUGUCAGCUGUCAUAGAGGAUAUCAAGGACGUGAGUUUAUCACUGAAGUUAGUCUCCAUGAAUUUGUGGAAUGAUAUAAUGAGAGUGAAUUUCAACACACGGAAUUUCUUGGAGUCGCUGGUUAUUUCAUUGCGGCAUCAGCUUGUCAUUUUUGAGCGGACUGUCAUUUAUCAAAUACAAAUCUUAGAAGAGAUUGUCGAGCAAAUUCUGCUCCGGUUUGAAAAUUACAUCCUCACCAGGGGCAUUGUUUUGCAAACUUACUAUGACCACUUUGAUGAAUCCAUCCUCCAGCUAGAAGACAAAAUAAAUGGGAAUCUAGAUGCUCUCAAAGAUGAUUUAUUCCGGAUGGAAGAAUCUCAAUACUUGAUACUGUUAAUUGAAAGAAAUUAUCCUUGGCUGUCACAAAAUCAUCUCGGCAAUUUAAUCAAGAAGUUAAAAUAUUUCAUGGAUAUGAUCACUGAACUGGUCGUCGAGGAUCUCAAAUCGAACUUUGGAGAAUAUAUCAACUCCAUCCAAACCUCCAUGUUGACCACAAUUGAUAGGCUAGAAAACUACAUCAACUAUCCUGUGUUCAAAAAUUCUUUUGAUUUUAUCAAUCGUGUUUAUCAGAAACUUGUGUGGUUGAGGAAGUAUCACGCCAUUUCGCUAAAAAUGCAAGAAAAUGUCCGUAGACUGGUCCAGACGAUCAACAGCUAUGCAAAUGAACUAGAAGUAGCCCUGAAUCCAUCAGCAGAAAAUAGUGAGGAGGAGAGUGAAGAACUGAACACAGUUGUGAACAUGGAUUCCAACUCGAUUGAGUUUUCUCAGGAGCUGCCAAUCGAUUGGGAUGGCUUUGACACCAAGCCGCACUUUGAACAGCUGCAGCAAACACAAAAUCAAGACACAGCCUCCGUUGAACUCAAUAGUUUCAAUACGCAUCGACAUCAAAUUUUGAGUGGCUUAUAUUAUGGUUUAAUGAACAUUGCGGCAGACAAUGCCUCCUUCUCUUCACUGGUGCCUCCAUUUCAAGCCAAAGGUCUACUGAUUGGCAGUCAGUACUUUAUCACCUUUGAUGGAAAAGUGUACAAUUUCAGCAGCACAGAUUGCAGGUACAUCCUGGCAGGAGACUUCAAACAGAAUAGAGCCUUCAUAACUGUGAAUUAUGUCAACCAGGAUGGUGUUCCAACAAAAAAAUCAGUCUCGGUCAUGAGCCAUGGGACGGAAAUAGAAAUAAACCAUCUAGACAGAAGAGUCUACGUUAACGGAAAUGUAACUGAGCUACCAUUUGCUAGCCGCUCGAUCACUGUGACUCUCGAUGAACCUAAUCGGAUUGUCGCGAAGACCGUUAAUGGUUUCAUUGUUGAUUGCAACUUUUACAAUGAUAUAUGCAGCAUUCAGAUUAAUGGCUGGAUGUUUGGUAAAACCGGUGGUCUGCUUGGCACCUACGAUAAUGAGCCAGCAAACGACUUUACAUUGCCGAACGGCACAGUCGUCGAACAAGCCAGUGUAUUCGCUAGCAGCUGGGCUUUGCGUAAUUGCCAAAACAUGACCAGUGAACUGAUUCCAAAGAGCGAACAUGUUGCAAAAAGUGAAGUGUCUAAGACAAUAGCCAACUGUGAGUUCUAUUUUAGGUCUAAAAUUUCACCAUUUCGAUCUUGUUUUCCUAAAGUCAACCCUGAGCCGUUUGCGGAGCUCUGUAAUCUUGGCUUGAGACAUCCUUCAUUUUGUUCGGCCGCUGCUGCCUACCUUGCGUCUUGUAACAUGAAAUCAAUAUUGAACCUGCCCGCAGAAUGUGCUUACAAUGAAUCUUAUUCAGAUUCUGCUGAAAAAAGCGGAGUUAAGAUUGCAGACGCAACAUUUGUCGUGGAAGAUCAUUCUUGUAUUCUUGGUUCAGAAUUAGAGUAUAUUUCUUCAAUGUUAUCAAAUGUAUUCCAUACAGAAUAUGAUCUUGUCAACAUUGCUGUUGUCGGAUUCAGUGGAAAUGCUUUCCCGGAACCACGGAUCCGGACUAUGAAUGGAAAAAUGUGGACUCAAAAUCCAAACUUAGUUAAAAAAACUCUCAGCAGCGAUCGCCGUUUCUGGUCAGACAGUCCUACUACCAAUGCCGCAAUCAUUGAUGCAUUAAAAUAUUCAACAAAUUUACAGUGGCAUGUAAAUGCGUCCAGAACUGUCAUUUUAAUCCUGUGUCAAGACCUAUUUACAGACUACCUGGAACUUCUGCCUGAGCUCACAGAAAAGCGUAUCAAUCUACAAGUCAUCAGAAUGGAGAAUACCGGCUCUACGAAAAGUACAGCUCAGUCUUCAAGAAUAAGUAUACCUUUUCACCUCAUCAAAACUUCGGACAGUUACGCCAGGACAGUAAUGCGUUCUUAUUUAGCGGCAGCCUAUGACUCAAGUUCAACGCGCAGCGUUCAGUCCUACCACCCUUGGGCUAAAUUUGAGCAGGAUCUUGACAGUUUCAGUGAAGACUCGCUCUCAAAUGAAGCCGCAAGUGAAGAAUCCAGGCUGCAAAAUACCCCUCAGGUCAGGUCUUCAUCCUCCACAUCUAUUUCAUUAUCUUCCCCUCGUCCAUCCAUUAUCCGCAAAGCUACAACUGAGCCUCCGAUAACCACAAUUAAUCUUGAAGAUUAUGACAGUGAUUACAGCAAUUACAGUAAUGAAUAAGUUUUUAAUUUGUAUCAGUUCAAAGUUUCAAAGAUGGAAGUAUAAGUGGACUUCUCAGUAUUGAAGGAAAAAUCCACGAAUGUUUACAAUGCCAAAUAAUUUGGAUCAAUUUAAAGAAUGAACAAUGCUCAUAAAAUUUUAAGGAGCCCUCAAUUUUUAUUUUGUAGAGAAAUAACUUUUCAAAUGGUUUGUAGAACGUAUGCAUCAUCAUUGGUAGCCCUUUAGGUGCGAUUAGAUAUCGAUGGUUAAACUAUGAAAGCAUUUAUCUUGAUUAGCAAGUUUUAAAAUUUCUCCUACCUUUUUAUAUUUUGAGCAAGUAUUGCUGUAUAUUUGUUUACUAACUUUCAAGAGAAUAUUCCUGUAAACAGGAGGAAAAUCUUUUGCAAUAAUGAUGAUCAGGUAUCUCUCAAGUAUGUGAAAUCUCAAGAAAUGAGAAAACUGUGGUGCUCCAAAUACAUGGUUUUGUCCAGCCGAGGGUAAAUUCAUUGUAUAGCAUUAUAUUGUUCAAUGUGUAUAUUUGUUGAACAUGUUUUAAAUAAGGAAUGUUUGACUAUGUUCCCCUGGUGUGCUCCAAUGAGAGCAGAACGGAUGGCGAUCUGUCAAUAGCCCUGAUUUCUUUGCCCUUUUGACCACCCUCAACCAAGGUUCUUGAGAGCAAAGUAGUGCUCAACCAAAAAAUCUGAAAA